CCUCCUCUCCAUUCUGUCAUCUCCACUUCAUUUUACUCUGGGAUAUGAAACAGCUUAUAAACACGGCGUGAUAAACGGAGCGUCAGGCAACACAGGUUCUUAAGGAGACAGGAGUGAAGGACGUACGACACCUGAAAAGUGGAGAGCAGCGUAGAGAGAGGGAUUGUUCUGACACUGGCAUCACUUUCAGGCGGGGAUGAGACUGGAGGCAAUGGUCCAAGCACAACAGACAAUGAAUAGACAGAGCUGUGCAUGAAUGAAAGCAUUGAUCUUAGAGCACCGCACUGAUGUUACAAACCACAUGCCCCCCAACGAGGGGUGGGCGCGUGUUGGUUUCUGUGUUUCACACACAGACUUUUCCAUUCGUCUGAGUGGAGACAGUUUUCCCAAGACCACAGCUCACUGAGGUCUGUCAUCAUACGAUAACGUCAACAUGCUCUCAGGAAGAAUCCUGCAAACAAAUAUCGGAUUAUCUUGACUCUUCAACAUUUAUUGUCCAGUGGGAAUAUGGCGGCUUGGUUAUGGAUGCUCCAACAAGUUCCUCAUAGCCACUGUGGCUGCUGCUGAGCUGGAGCGGACACUACUGGGAGGGAGUGGCCUCUUCCUCUCAUCAGGAUAAUGCACACAUCCCUCGUGCUGAUCUCUGCAGCCACCAUGAGCAACAUGACGGUGCUUGACACAGCAGACCCCUAUGAUCUGGAUAUGACCUCCUCCGAGGCCGUCUACCCAAUCAGCUUCCAGGUUUCUCUGACGGGCUUCCUGCUUUUGGAGAUCGUGUUGGGCUUGAGCUCCAACCUCACUGUGCUCGUUCUCUACUGCAUGAAGCAAAACCUCAUCAGCUCCGUCUCCAACAUCAUCACCAUGAACCUGCAUGUGGUGGAUGUUCUGGUGUGUGUAUGCUGCAUCCCGAUGACAGCCGUGGUGGUCCUACUUCCUCUGGAGGCGGAGACAGCCAUGACCAGCUGUUUCCACGAAGCCUGCGUCUCCUUUGCAAGCGUAGCUACUGCUGCUACCGUCCUUGCCAUCACCGUGGACCGCUACGACAUCUCAGUGCGUCCGGCAAACCGCGUGUUGACGAUGGGAAGAGCGGUGGCUUUGCUGGGAUCCAUCUGGGCUCUGUCUGUUUUCAGUUUCCUGGUUCCCUUCAUGGAAGUGGGUUUCUUCAUCGGCCCUGGCUCGGAUCUCGUAAACCAGACAACGAUCACUGUGGCUCAUACAAAUGAGUAUUACACUGAGCUGGGUUUGUACUAUCACCUGUUAGCACAGAUCCCGAUAUUCUUCUUCACAGCUGUGGUGAUGCUGGUGACUUACUACAAGAUCCUGCAGGCUCUGAAUAUCCGCAUCGGAACGCGUUUUCAGCACAACUUGCCCAAAAAGAAGCAAAAGAGCAAAAACACUAUCUCUUUGAGCACUGCAACGCAAGCAGAGUCCACGGACGCUUCACAGAGCAGCACAGGGGUCCGUGCCGGUGCGAGCGCGCCUUUAGGCAUGCGGGCAUCAGUGUCAGUGAUCAUCGCGCUAAGACGAGCGGUGAAGCGUCACCGAGAGAGACGGGAGAGGCAGAAACGAGUCUUCAGGAUGUCUCUCCUCAUCAUCUCCACCUUCCUGCUUUGCUGGACUCCAAUUACUGUUCUCAACACCAUCAUCCUCAGCAACGGGCCCAGCGAUUUAACCGUCCGUCUCCGCCUGGGCUUCCUGGUGAUGGCCUACGGAACCACUAUUUUCCACCCGCUGCUCUACGCCUUCACACGGCAGAAGUUUCAGAAGGUUCUGAAAAGCAAAAUGAAGAAGAGGGUGGUCUCUGUGGUGGAGGCCGACCCCACGCCGAACAACGUGGUCAUCCACAACUCGUGGAUUGAUCCAAGGAGGAACAAGAAAGUCACCUUCGAGGACACAGAAGCCAGACAGAAGUGUCUGUGCUCGCAGGACGCAGAGUGAUGGGAUUAACUCGACUGUAAAUACGACGAACAUGUACAGCAAACGGGGAUAACAUUAACGGAGUACGGCUGUAGAAAAGUUGUUUGAGAGUUCUUUAUGCAAAUGAAGGGCUGGAAAGUAUCUGAAAAACAGAGGAUUGUGGGUGAUAUAAUCUGAGUGUAAACAAGCUAAACCCUUUAAAGACUUGAGUUCAUGGAUCCUGGGCAGCUUACUAAAUGACUACUAAAGACAUGACUUUAAAAACGAGGACGAGAUCGUGGAGUCGCCUCCUUUAAACACAACACGACAAAGGGAAACUACCAGCAGCUGAUUUUUGUUCCAUAUUUGCAGUUUUUCUUUUUGUUCUCAGUGCAAGAAAUGUCUCAAACAAAGAGGGUUAUUUAUUACUAAUUAUUGUGAGAUGUCGUAGAGUGCUAUCACGAACAAUUCAGUCCUAAUGAAUUAUUUAAGGGCCACACUGUUGUUCUCUAGUUAAGAUGAAACAAACCUCUCUGUACAGUGAAAGGACACCUUGAUAUUGUUUGUCACAUUUUGUAAUAAACAACGAAAAGCACAAAA